AUGCGUAUUUGGGCCAACAGUCGCCUAGUUCCCUAUGCGCUCUUCGCAGCAGGGACCUUUCUGAUCCUCUUUUCAGUAUACACAUUCAUGUCCACCUCUCAUUUUACCCUCGAUACGUCAUCUGCCCGCGGCUCAACCGUGGCCGUUCAAGAUCAGCCCGUGCGCGCAUGCUUUGUCGUCCUCGUACGCAAUCGAGAAUUAGACGGCAUUGUGUCGACCAUUAAGCAAAUUGAGAGCACAUUCAACGAAAAGUUCCAGUACCCUUAUGUCUUUUUGAAUGACGACGAUUUCACGCCGGAGUUCAUUGACAGGACUUCCGUACUAACCAAAGCCGAAACCCGAUAUGGCAAAUUGGAUGCCCAAAUGUGGGGUUACCCUGACUUUAUUAAUCAAACCUUGGCCGCUGAGCGUCGGACCGAAAUGGCCGCUCUUGGUGUUCCUUACGCUGACAGCGAAUCUUAUCGGCACAUGUGCAGAUUUCAGAGUGGUUUCUUCUUUCGACAUCCACUGCUUGAUGAAUACGAUUAUUACUGGCGCAUUGAACCCGAUGUAUCGUAUUACUGUGACAUUGAUUAUGAUGUUUUUAAAUUCAUGCGAGACAAUGGCAAAAAAUAUGGAUUCACUAUUGCGUUUCGCGAGUUUAUGGCCACAGUACCGACAUUGUGGCAAACAAUUCAGAAUUUCAAGCAGGAUCAUCCCGAAGUGAUGGAACACUUGCCAGCGAAAAAGGAUUCGCUUUGGCGAUUUGUCACGGACGACAAUGGCGAAACCUAUAAUUCAUGUCAUUUCUGGACAAAUUUCGAAAUUGCUUCUCUGGAUCUGUGGCGAUCCAACGAUUAUCUUAAGCUAUUCGGUUAUCUUGAUCGAGCCGGUGGGUUUUUCUACGAACGUUGGGGCGAUGCUCCAGUGCAUUCAAUUGCAGCGACCAUGUUACUACGCAAAGAUGAGUUCCACUUCUUUAAUGAUAUCGGGUAUCGACAUACCGCCUACACUCACUGCCCCGUGGAACCUGAAUACCGCGACAAAUGCACAUGUAAUCCCAACGAUAAUUUCGGUGAGUAA